AUGCAUCUCCACUGCUGCUUCUCGCAUGAGCAAGUCAGUCGCCGUUGCCCUUCGCCGCCUCUCCCUCGCCAUUCACCACCGCCUCCUCUCCCUUCUCCUUCUCCUUCUCCUUACGCACCAAAGCUUCAUCCUUUCACCGCCGUUAUCUCAGUACUCUCUCUCAAUUGCCUCGCUAUCUCGUCUUUUCCUUUCUCUCUCUAUGCUGCUCAUUUUCCUCGCAUCUCCCCUCUCAGCAUUGGAUCUCCCUUCCUGCAAGAUCGGAUUCUGGAAACCGCAGAGGAGAUCCGUGGCCCCUUCGAUAAAACAAAGGCUAGGGCUUUGAGGAAACAGAGAGAGUUAGAGAAGGGGAAGAAAGCUUUAGAGUGGAAUUGGAGAUUAAACGAAGAUAGUUCAAAAAUCGCUGGAACCAAUGCUGCAUCAACCGUGAGAUCGGGGACCAAGGUUGCUGCUGCUCAACCUUUUCGUGAAGGAAUGUUUGAGAUAGAGAAGCCUUUGAAUCUUCGGCGAGAAUCUUCCAGAUCCUGCCGUGAACCUCCGCAAAAUCUCUGGCCUGUUUUCAUAACUGCUCCAAAGGUAGAGAGGGAAGCGAGUGAGUUGAGUGGAACAGUGAGGAAGAGAAUGGAGUUUCUUGACUUCGACUAA